GACGGUGGGAGCCUCCACCGGUUGAUGUCAGGAAAGGUGUGUUCUGGGCCUGAUCUGAGAGGCGGUGUAGGUCUCGUGGGUGGAGGCAGUUCAGAGGACUUGUUGGAAUUGGUCUGGGUGCUGCUGUAUCAUGUGAACGCACCAUGCUUUUGCUGUAGGUUCUGGCAUUGGCCAGUCGAAUGGUUGCUCAGACUGCUGACACUUCGUUUACCAAAGAGGGUGACCCUGGAUUUUGGAGAGUUUAUGGGUUUCUUUCCGUUGGAGGACCUGCUACGCAGCUGCUACGUGGCGUUGACCCAAGGGAAACGGCUCCAUGUUGGGUUGACCCUGCCAUUCUAUACAAUUCAGUGUCCCUUCCGUGAUUUGGAAGCAGUUGACCGGCCCAUAGCAGUGCAGCACUCUGCUGGGAAGCACGCUGGAAUUGAAUCAAGGCUCGGCCGAACCGCUUGACCCCCGCCACGGGCGGUCUUUGGGUGGCCCUUUGGGCUCAAGCGUUGAGCUCAGAGUGCAAUUUCCCUGAAUGGGGAAACACCUGAGAAGGACGGUCUGCCGGCUAUGGCACCUUUGGCUCCUCCUGGCAUCCGCAAGGUCGCUGAACGUGACUGAGGUGGAUGCUUACUUUGAAGCCUUGGCCAAAGAGCACAGCAACGCCAGUGUGAAGCUUUCCACUUCGCUGCGCGGUGCACCAAGCCAUUGCAGCCCGGAGGCCUCCAAUUGCUGGUCCACGGGAAGGUGUUGCGAGGCGAAAUCCCAGUGCUAUGUGAAAUCCGAGAAGAUUGCGGUGUGCAAGAGCAGUUGUGUACCAGGUGUGGAUGACAAGGACCCUAAGGGCUGGCGCACGCCCUGGUCUUGUGAGCUCCGCGCUCGCGCGGGUGAGGCGCGUGUCAACAGCACCAGCGCAAGCGAGGUCCAGGUGAGUAGCCUGACCUUGAAAUCUGCCGCUUCGGUGGGCUGCACCGCCUCCUGGAGCCACAAUUGCUUGAGCAGCCCCACUUGCUGCAAUGGCGGCCACAAGUGCUAUCAGAGGGAUAACGAGUACGGUGCCUGCCUUCCGUAUUGUACCCCUGGCAUCCACUGGACCGAUCCACCGCAAUAUCGCCGCCCCUGGUCCUGCCAAGAGAUCAAUCCCUGGCAGCCGCCCGCACCCAGCCCGCCCAGCCCCAGCCCCUGGAACCCGUGGAACCCGGGGCAAUGCUCCGCGUCCUGGCGACAUGAUUGUCGAGGGACCCGGAGAUGCUGUGAGGGUGGUUUCCAAUGCUACGAGAAGAACGGCAGGUACGCGGCCUGCCUGAGGAGCUGUACCCCUGGAAUCCAUCCAGAGGACCCGCCCCAGCACCGCUCCCCCUGGUCUUGCCGAGUUUUGUCCGGAUCUCCAACUCCAUCCCCCCCUCCUCCAGCCCCAACCCCGCCUCCUCCGCCGUCCUGUACGGCCUCCUGGAGUCAGAACUGCAUGCAAAACCCCACGUGCUGCAACUCGGCACACAGCUGCUUCGAGAAGAACAACGGCUACGGCGCCUGCCUCGAUGUCUGUGUGCCAGGCAUCCAUUGGACGGAGCCUCCACAAUAUCGAACCUGGUGGAGUUGCCGCCGGGUCGGGGGCCCCGAGCCGCCCGCGCCCGCGCCCCUCCCGCAGCCGAUUCCUGUUCCGCCAGUUCCACCAAGCCCGCCUCCAGGUCAAUGCUCUCCAAGUGGCCAGUUGAGAGGAGGUGGUUGCCUGGAGAAGCCCAACUGUUGCAAUCCAAACCAUCAAUGCUUCAAGAAGAACAACUUCUAUGGAGAAUGUUUGGAUUCCUGCACACCAGGUGUGCAUUGGAAUGAUCCACCUCAAUUCCGAACCCCAUGGACGUGUGAUGUUGUGGGGGCCCCAGCGCCUAGCCCAACACCAGCUCCAACACCAGCACCAACGCCAGCUCCCACGCCGACACCCACGCCCACGCCCACACAACCCACACCAGAGCCAUCAACACCAGCGCCAUCGCCAAUGCCCAGCAACCCGUUGGAACUUCCCUUCUUGCACCCGUCCCUCCAUUCGCCCAGCAGCGCAGACCUUUUGACCUUUCACAUGUACCGAGCCCAAGGGCACAGCGACUACCCGCCAUUGAACGUGAACACCGGCAACCUCGCUGGGAUCAUGUGGUACAUCCAGAACGAGGUGGUCUCUGGCGCUUACGGCUCCGGGAACAAGUUCGGCAUUGAGCGGAUCCGGCGCUUCAAGGUGAUGACGAAGGCCACUCAAACGCUGAUCGAUCUCAAGAUGAACUUUGGUCUCCGGGUCGCCUUUGACUAUGGCAACUGCACCGGGCCCACCUGUCGCUAUGACUGGGAGAACUAUGGCUAUAACGUGGGUUGCAACAAUUUGGGUUCUUUUCCCUUCCCCAAGUAUGAGACCAACUACACAGGUGGAAUCUGGUACAGCCUUCCGGGCCCCUGCCCCAGCAUGCCCUUCUACCAGCAGAACGGCGCCUGUGAGCGGCUGCAACCGGGCGGGAAGUGUGAUGGGACACCCACAGGUUCCGGCGACUGUACCUGGAGCUACGUCGACUCAGGAGAAGAGAUCUGGCUCGGGGAGCUCUACGGUGAAACGCACCAGAGCAUGCAGCAGUUUUGGAAUAACAGUGACAACGUCACGGCGAAUAACCUGAAGGUCCAGGCCGCGCGGAAGAUGUUCGAGGAGAAGUUCGGAGCCGAACUGCCGAAUCCUCCGUGCGACUUCGACUUCAAUCGCUUCUACAAGAUUUGAGGCAGCAUAGACGGCAUGCGGGCGGCAGCCUCGCGAGGGCGGCACGUGCGCGGAGGUACGUAAGACAUCUCUGCGCGGGUUUGAGAUCAAAGCCAAUUUUCCCCUCGCUUGGGCUAAUUCGAUCGGUGCGCCUUCGUUUUCCAGCGACUCUAGAGCAGAACUCAAGACACUUUCCCGGC